AUGGCACGCCAACAGCAGCAGCAGCAGCAGCAGCAGCAGCAACAACAUCCAGAUCCCAAGCCAGACUCUGCUCGCGAGGAGCACCACCACGGCCACGGGGUUGACGACGGCACGACCAUCAAGACUGCUGUGCCGCAACUUCAACUGAGGCGUGGUGACCGGGCCCUGGCUCUCGUUGGCGACGGGCAAGUCGAGCUGACUGAAGAAGACAGCCGCCGCAUCUGCCGCAAGACGGACAAGGUCAUCUUGGCCAUCCUCGUCUGGGUCUACUUCCUACAGAUCCUCGACAAGUCUGUGCUUGGUUACGGCGCCACCUACGGACUCAUGGCCGACGCCCAUCUGACCGGCUACCAGUACUCGCUUGUUGGAUCCAUCGCCCCCAUCGCCCAGCUAGCAUGGCAGCCCUUGUCGUCGUUCCUGAUCGUCAAGGUGCCCCAUCGCAUCCUGAUGCCGACCCUUUGUCUGGGAUGGGGCAUCGCGCAGGCUGCCAUGGCCGCCUGCCACGACUUUGGGGGCCUCAUGGCAGCUCGUUUCUUCCUGGGGCUCUUCGAGGCCGGCUGCCUGCCGCUGUUCAGCAUCAUCACGAGCCAGUGGUACCGACGCGCCGAGCAGCCGAUCCGAGUAGCUGCAUGGUACGGCACCAACGGAGCCGCGACCAUCGUUGCCGCCGCCUUGUCCUGCGGCCUGGGCCACAUCGAGUCUGACGUGCUGAGGGAGUGGCAAAUCAUCUUCCUUUUCGUCGGUCUCCUUACCGUCGUCUCGGCCCCCUUUGUGUACUGGAAACUCGACAACGAUGUGUCCUCGGCCCGGUUCCUCACCAAGCACGAAAAGGCCCAGGCUGUCGAACGACUUCGAGCAAACCAGACCGGCACGGGGUCCCGCGAAUUCAAGUGGCCGCACCUGCUAGAGGUCGCCCUGGAGCCCAAGACCUACCUGUGGAUCGGCAUGACGCUGCUGCUGAACGUUGGCGCCAGCGUCACCAACACGUUCGGCCCCCUCAUCCUCAACGGCCUGGUUUCAGACAAAUACACGACCAGCCUGUUGAACAUGCCGUUUGGCGCCGUGCAGAUCGUCGUCAUCCUGUUGGCCAGCUUCCUGGCCCAAAAGGCGCGUCUCAAGGGAGUCGUCCUGGCCGUGUUCAUGCUCCCCGUCGUAGCCGGCUUGGCCGUGCUCUACUCCGUCCCCCGCGACCCGUCGGCCAAGCCCGCCCUGUUCGUCGGGUACUACCUUCUCGCGUGCCUCUUUGGCGGGAACCCACUCAUCGUGACCUGGAUCGUCGGCAACACGGCCGGGACGACCAAGAAGUCGGCCAUCAUGAGCGUGUACAACGCCGCCAGCGCGGCCGGCAACAUCAUCGGCCCGCUCCUCUUCGACGACGGCGACGCGCCCGCUUACAGGCCCGGCCUCAGGGCCUGCCUGGGCAUCUUUGUGGCGCUCGUGGCGGUCGUCCUCAUCCAGUGGGCCAACCUGAUCCUGCUCAACAAGCUCCAAGAAAAGAGGCGUCUCCGAAACGGCAAGACGGCAAGGCCGGUCGAUCACUCGAUGCAAUCUGCGCACCGCGCCAUGAGCGCGGGGACCCGGGAGCCCGUCGAAACAGCAACUGAACCUGCCGGAUUUGCUGGCGAGGCGCGCCCCGGGGACAAGGCAUUUCUGGACCUCACCGACUGCGAGAACGACGACUUCAUCUACAUUUAUUAG